AUGCAGAAAUGCAUCAAAUCAGACGUCCAUCCCAAAGAGCAAACAGCCCGCAAGAUGGAAAAGGAUACCAACGCCCUCAAUGCCCCAAAAGAUUACAUCUCGAGCCUGCCCAGCAAGAAUGUGCGGGCGAUGCUUCUUUUGGCGCUCAAUGUGUGGUUUCAUUUGUCGGCAGCGCAGCUCGCAGGCCUAACAGAAAUCAUCAGUCAGCUUCAUAAUGCCUCGCUCAUUUUGGACGAUAUCCAGGACCAAUCUCCCAUGCGCCGAGGACAGCCCUCCACUCAUAUGGUCUUUGGAGUUGGCCAGUCCACUAACACCGCGACAUUCAUGAUUGUGGAAACUUUGAAAAAGCUUGAUCUGCUGGUUCCUCAAUCCCACCAAGCCCAAGAGAUCAUGCAUACAGGCCUCAAAGCCCUAUUCACGGGCCAGUCUUGGGACCUUAAUUGGAAGCAGGGGACUUAUUGCCCAACGCGCGAGCAAUACCUGGAGAUGGUCGCCGGGAAGACCGGAGCUCUGUUCCAGCUGGUGGCGAGACUGAUGUUCUGCCUUGCCGGUUCGGAGUCCGCGGUCCCUCCUGCUGACUCCCACACCCGUUUCAGCCCACACCCACAUGAAGACCAGAAGUCGUUGAUAGAAGCAUGUGAUGCCUUCAUGCACGACCUCGGGGUGUACUUCCAAGUCCGCGAUGACUACCGCAACCUCCAUGAUGCAUCCUACACCGCACAGAAAGGAUUUUGCGAGGAUCUCGAUGAAGGCAAGUUUUCAUACCCCGUGGUGCUGUGCUGCGAGAUCAAUCACCUGUUCAAGAAGCCCAUUCUGGAGCUGUUUGGCGGGCUCAAGUACAAGAGGAGGGGAAUGGAGCUGGAAGGCAAACGGAAGGUUUUGGCGAUGUUGGAAAAGUCCGGAGCGAUGGAAUCGACGGAAAUCGCCAUUCAGGCGUGGGAGAACAAGUUGCUGAAAAUGGUCGCGGAGCUUGAGAAACAGUUUGGAUGCUCCAACCCCGCGCUGAGGGAGAUCUUGAAGAGGUUGGCUGCAUAGAGGCAGCAUCGAAUUCUACAUCUCUGGAUAAAUAUUUUGCGUUAUCGGCAAAUUUGGUGGUUGGUAGUAUGGAUGGUGGAGCCUGGUGCUUGG